CCGGUUUCACGUGGCCCCUAGUUUUCAAUUUCCUAUCCGGGAAAGUUCAAAAAAAAAAUUCUAAUUGCGUGUGUUUGAUAUAUAGGUAUAUAUAUAUUUAUAGGUAAACAUAGCCGACCUAACCCAUAUAUUGUAUAGCAGCAGCAGCUGAGAAUCGUAAUCUCAUUCAUAUUCAACAAGAUGGUGGGACAGUACUCGACGGCGACGAAACCCAGCCGGAGCGACGAGGUCUUGGACGCCGAUCAACAGCUCCGGAUCGCCAAUCAGGUCCGAGCCCAGUUCGAAUCCAUGGCCCCAAAGCGACCCAACAAGCCCAACCGUAGCGAAUCCGAUUCCCCGCCACAACCAAACCCUCUUUUGGACGAAAACGUUUGUGUUCCUGAGUUGGAUAAAUUCCGAUCUCUUCAAUCUCAAUCCCAUGGAUUGUUUUCAGGUGCUAAUAGUGUGGCCCAAGACGAGUUUGUGGAGACCCAAUACUACAAACAGUUGGUUUCUAUUGACAAACAACACCAUACGACAGGGAGUGGGUUUAUAAAGGUGGUGAGUGAAGGGAGUGAAGAUGGGAUUGAUAUAGAGCUGCCAAAAGGCUAUGAAAAUGGAGGACAAAGACAACAGAUGGUGUUCAGAACCAACCCUGCAAGAAACGAUUGGAUUCCAAGUGUUGAAGAUAAUCAGGCUGUUUAUGCGUCUUCGAAGCCUAAUCGGAGCGAGAGUUGUUAGAUGGCUAGAGAUAUUUGUUUGUAUUUUAAAACAUUUUGAUUGUAUUAUUAAAGGUAAGAUUGGAUUUGAAUGAGUUUGAUGGAAUAUUAAAAAACUAUUAGCUUUGUAAACUCUUUUUAAUGUUAUCCAUUUCCGUUCAGCUCUAGCUUUUUUAUUUUUUUGAUACCAAAAUUUUAUAAAAUAUAAUAUGUUUCAUUAUUACUCUGUAUAAAAUAAGAAUAUAAUUGAUUUUUUUUAUUUUUAUUCAAAGUCAUUUUCCAUCUG